AUGUCUAAGAUCGCGUUAGCAGUAUUCAUCGUGGCUCUCAGCCUGGUGCGGUCCGAGCCUCCAGUGAGCUCGUAUCUACCACCUGGCGGCGGCGGUGGUGGUGGUGGUAACGGUGGCGGCGGAGGUGGAAGUCCAUCGAACACCUAUGGACCGCCCGGUUUCGACAGUCAAAACGGCGGUAAUGGCGGCAACGGUUUGUCGAACAGUUACGGCGCGCCCGCAGGUGGUAGCAACGGUUACAAUGGCGGCGGUUCCGGUAACGGACGACCUGGUUCAAACGGCGGAAGAAACGGUGGUGGUGGCCGAGGGAACGGUUUGGGUGGUGGACAACCAUCCAGCUCGUAUGGGCCACCGUCAAAUGGAUUUGGCGGGAACGGUGGUUCAGGAAACGGGCGACCUUCCAGCAGCUACGGACCGCCUGGCGGUGGUAACGGUGGCGGAAACGGCGGUGGAAACGGCAAGAACCAGUUCAAUGGCGGCCCACCAUCCAGCAGUUACGGGACUCCAGAAGGUGGGAACGGUGGCAGCAAUGGAGGCGGCCCACCUUCCGGCCUGUACGGACCACCAGGAAGAAACGGGAACGGUGGUAAUGGUGGUAACGGUGGCAACGGAGGACGGCCGUCUGGGAACUAUGGAACACCAGAAAGGAACAAUGGAAGGCCGUCGGGACUUUACGGACCGCCUGGCAGAAAUGGGAAUAACGGUGGCAAUGGGGGAUACCCGUCUGGUGGACCGAACGGAGGGAACGGUGGAUACCCGUCUGGGGGUGGUAACGGAGGCAACGGUGGUGGAUAUCCAUCCGGUGGACCUGGUGGAAACGGUGGUAACGGUGGUUAUCCAUCCGGUGGACCCGGUGGAAAUGGAAAUGGGAAUGGUGGUUACGGGGCUAACGGAGAGGAAGAAAGUAACGAACCAGCGAAAUACGAAUUCUCUUAUGAGGUGAAGGAUGAACAGUCCGGUGCUGAUUACGGGCACACGGAAACCAGAGACGGCGAUCGCGCGCAAGGAGAAUUCAAUGUUCUGCUUCCUGACGGAAGAAAGCAGAUCAUUGAAUACGAGGCCGAUCAGGACGGAUUUAAACCACAGAUUAGAUACGAGGGCGAGGCAAACAACGGCGGAUACGGUUCCGGUGGACCGGGCGGGAACGGUGGAAGCGAUUUCGGUGGUAAUGGAUACCCGAGUGGUGGCCCCAACGAGAAUGGAAAUGGCGGCAAUGGCAACGGUUAUCCAGCGGGAGGACCAGGUAGCAAUGGAGGUGGAUCUGAUUUUGGUAACGCCGGAUAUCCAUCUGGAGGACCGAACGGGAACAAUGGCGGCUACAGAAACGGAAACGGUGGCGGCAAUGGUAAUGGCGGAUAUCCAUCCGGAAGUGGAGGCGAUGCCGCGGCCAACGGUGGAUACCAAUACUAA